CAUAGUGGUAUUCUUUCAUGGUUGAUAGACGUCAUGUCAACAAUUCACCUCUCUGUUUCAGGUGAGCAGUUUGGCAGCUCACCUUGCCAGUGGCCCGAGAAUCAACCCUCCAGUCCGUAUACUGUCACCUACCGAAACUCGCAGCUUAAUCUUGAUGGCCGUUCUAUUUGUCCAUCGCCACAUGUUAUAGACGACAUAUGUACGGAGGGGCUGGGGAUUGCUGUUGGCAGGUCGCACUACUGGUCUGGUGCGACUUUGCACAGGGCUGAAUGCAGUCUUAAAGGACCAUGUCGUCAGACUUUCUUGCGACACGACAAUUAUCUAGCACAUUUCCGCACCCAUCUCGUUCAAGAUACACGAGGACUGUUCUUCCCGCAACUGAACAAUACAGAGCUCUACGCAGACCUGAUAGCCCUGGUGCCGGUGUUAAGGUCUGGGGUUGACACGGGAAACAUGCACAGGUACCACCGAAACACGCGAGUGUCAUGGGAGAAUCUAGUGGAGCGUGUCAGAGAAGCAAAGGGUGCCCUAGUGGCUGAUCAGAUACUUGUUACCAUCUUGCGAGCUUGCUUGAGACAUGAUGCUCGUGUAGCGCAGUCGUUUUGCUAGGUGUGAAUGAUGCUAAAGGGUCCGCAUUCCAGGCGCAAAUAACCACAAGCGGGACUUAAAAUAUCUGACAAGGGCCGAGGCACCUUUACUGACGCCCCUACUGUUUGAAUCAUUUGUAUGGCGCACUGUACUG